AUGUGGGGAGUUACAGUCAAUCUUGUGGAUUAUCUUAGAGCUCUGACCAUACGCCUAGAUGAUGAGCAUAGACUUUUCGAGGAACAAGGGGCAGAAGUGAGUCACAUAAAUGAUUGGUUGAACAAGUAUCCGGGAGCAUGGGCCGAGACGGCCGGAACAGGACUAGCUACAGGAAGGCCACCUGUAGUCAUAGAGCUUAAGGCCACUUCUACUCCUGUGGCUGUACGCCAAUACCCCAGGACGAAGGAGGCCCGGGAAGGAAUUAGGCCCCAUAUCCAGCGCCUCCUUCGGCAAGGCAUCCUAGUGAAAUGUCAGUCGCCAUGGAACACUCCCCUUCUACCUGUUAAGAAGCCCGGCACAGGAGAUUAUCGCCCAGUACAGGACUUAAGGGAAGUAAACAAGCGGGUACAGGAUAUCCACCCCACAGUACCUAACCCUUACAGUUUGCUGAGUUCUCUCCCCCCGGACCAUGUAUGGUAUACUGUCCUAGAUUUAAAGGACGCUUUCUUCUGUCUGCGACUGCACCCGUCCAGCCAGAACAUUUUUGCAUUCGAGUGGAGGGACCCUGACUCUGGGACUACAGGACAACUGACUUGGACCCGACUACCCCAGGGCUUCAAGAAUUCCCCGACCCUCUUCGAUGAAGCACUCCAUCAGGACUUAGCCCACUUCCGCGCCAGCCACCCCCAGGUAACGCUCCUGCAGUACGUGGAUGACCUACUACUGGCUGGGGCCACAGAAGAGGAGUGCCGACGGGGCACAGGACUGCUGCUAGAAGAACUCACCUGCCUAGGAUAUCGAGCCUCCGCCAAGAAGGCCCAGAUCUGCCAAAGAGAGGUAACGUACCUGGGGUAUGCCCUGAAAGGGGGGCAGAGGUGGCUAACGGAAGCCAGGAAACGGACCGUGACCCAGAUACCUGCUCCUCACUCACCCCGCCAGGUGCGAGAAUUUUUAGGGGCUGUGGGGUUCUGCCGCUUGUGGAUCCCCGGAUUCGCUACCCUGGCCGCUCCCCUCUAUCCUCUAACUAGAGAGGGUGCCCCGUUUGAGUGGAGUGAUGGCCAACAGCAGGCCUUUGAUGACAUCAAGAAGGCAUUGCUAUCAGCCUCAGCCCUGGCAUUACCGGACGUAGCCAAGCCCUUUGUCCUAUAUGUGGACGAGAGAAAGGGAAUAGCCCGAGGAGUGCUAACCCAGCCUCUAGGACCAUGGAAGAGGCCGGUAGCCUACCUCUCUAAGAAGCUGGAUCCGGUGGCUAGCGGCUGGCCUGCCUGUCUGAGGUCCGUGGCGGCAGUAGCAGUGUUGGUAAAGGAUGCUGACAAAUUAACAAUGGGGCAGAAGCUAACAGUCAUCGCCCCCCACUCCCUGGAGAGCAUCAUCAGACAGCCCCCUGACCAGUGGCUGUCCAACACCCGUAUGACACACUACCAGAGUCUCCUCCUAAAUGGAGACAGGAUCCUGUUCGGCCCCCCCGCCAUCCUAAACCUGGCUACCCUACUACCUGACACGUCCACCCAGGAGAGUGUGCUGCACACUUGUCAAGAGAUACUGGCAGAAGAAACGGGGACCCAAGAGGACCUCCAAGACCAACUCCUGCCAGACGCUCAGCUAACCUGGUUCACUGAUGGAAGCAGCUACAUAAUAGAAGGUAAAAGGGUGGCCGGGGCGGCGGUGGUGGACGAUGAGCAAAUUAUCUGGGCAAGUAGCCUGCCCGAAGGGACAUCGGCACAGAAGACCGAGUUACUAGUGUUAACUCAGGCCCUACGACUGGCAGAGGGAAAGAAGAUUAACAUUUAUACUGAUAGCAGGUAUGCCUUUGCCACCGCCCUUGUCCAUGGUGCCAUCUACCGGCAGCGGGGGCUACUAACCUCGGCCGGGAAAGAAAUCAAAAAUAAAGAGGAAAUACUAAGCCUGCUAGAAGCCAUCCACCUCCCUAAGAAAGUGGCAAUUAUUCAUUGUUCCGGACACCAGAAAGGAGGGUCCAGAGUUGCCAAAGGAAACCAAAGGGCUGAUAGAGAAGCCAAGCAAGCAGCUCAGGGACUUAACAUCCUAUCCUUGACCAGGGAGAAACCGAGGCCUCACCCUGAGGACGGGAUAUACCCCUCUAUUAGAAACUUUGAAUACUCAGAAACAGACCUUGAGAGGAUGGAUAGAUUAGGCUUCUGCCUGGAAACUCCGGGAGGGAUCUGGGAAACCUCGGAAGGGAAAAGAAUCCUCCCGGAAAAACAGGCUGUUAUUUUCCUCAGACACCUUCAUAAGUUAACUCAUCUGGGCCCAAAGCAUUUAAGAACUAUUGCCCAGUCUUCACCGUAUUAUAUCAUGAAACUAGGGGAGCUCGCCGAUACAACUGUAAAGGAGUGCAGGCCCUGCCAAAUGGUGAACGCCCAGCCCAGCAAGCUAUCUCAAGGCAAGCGGCUCCGAGGAGACCGCCCUGGGAGUUACUGGGAGGUGGACUUUACUGAGGUGAAACCCGCCAGGUAUGGAAACAGAUACUUAAUGGUAUUCAUAGAUACAUUUUCAGGCUGGGUCAAAGCAUUCCCCACCAAGAAGGAGACUGCUCAGAUGGUCGCCAAGAAAAUAUUAGAAGACAUCUUCCCGAGAUUCGGGGUGCCUAAGGUAAGCGGGUCGGACAAUGGCCCCGCAUUUGUUGCCCAGGUAAGUCAGGGACUGGCCAAAAUCCUGGGGCUCGAUUGGAAAUUACACUGUGCUUACAGGCCCCAAAGCUCAGGGCAGGUAGAAAGAAUGAAUAGAACUUCAAAAGAGGCUAUGACUAAAUUAUCUGUAGAGACUGGCAUAACAGAUUACUUAUUCCGGGUCCGCAAUACUCCCGGCACCCUCAAACUAACUCCUUUUGAAAUCCUCUAUGGAACUCACCCCCCACUCAUUGCCAUGCAGCUCCUUCCCUCCCCAGAGUCUUACCCCUCUCAAUCUCUGUACACCAGAUUAAAAGCCCUUGAGACUGUGCAGAGGGAAGUGUGGAAUCGGCCUGCCGAGGCCUACAAGCCAGAAGACCUACAAGUACCUCAUCAGUUCCAGGUCGGAGACUCGGUGUACGUUCGGCACCAUCGUGCGGCCAGCUUGGAACCGAGGUGGAAAGGACCAUACAUAGUGCUGCUCACGACCCCGACGGCAGUAAAGGUCGAUGGCGUCGCUGCCUGGAUCCACACCUCGCAUGUCAAGCCCGCGCCUUCCCCGAACCCAGCGUGGAAAGUGGAAAAGAUGGACAACCCCCUCAAGCUCCGCGUUCGCCGUGUUCCUGUUCCAACUGAUGCACCUCCUACCGAUAAGUAGCCCUAACCCUCAUGCCCCCCUUUGCCUUACUUGGCAAAUCAUAGACACCAGUUCGGGGACUGUACUUAAUCAGACCUCCCAGAUGAGCCCUAAAGACACUUGGUACCCGGACCUCUAUGUAGACCUGCUUUCCCUCAUUCGCGUCCAAUGGGACCCCAAAUUUGCCCGGAGACAUCACUUCUAUGUCUGCCCCGGGCACUCUCGGACUCCACAAGGCCGCACCAAGGACCCAUGUGGAGGAGCGGAGGACUAUUUUUGUGCCUCGUGGUCGUGUGUCUCAAAGGGACAUACAUGGUGGACUCCCC